AUUCACCGACAAUACUAUACCUCCAUCAGAACUGGUAGUUAGUAAGUACCUACUACCUAGAUAUAUAGGUUGCAAUGUCACAUUCGAUGGACCUGGUCCGCGAGGUCGAACGCCUGGUGACAGCCCCGUACGCCCCCUCGCUGCAGGAUCUCCACGCACUGGUCCACGAUGCUUCAUCGGGAAAUCUUCACGCGUGGGCCGCUGCUAAACCGUGUCAGGUCGGAUUGUUGGUCGAUGUGCUUGUUGAGGGACUGUCCCGCUCGACGUUCGCCUUGCCGUUGCUGGCAAGUCUGGCGUCGGUUCCUCUUUUCCGUAAUGCAGUGCUGGAGAGGUAUCCCUCGCUUCUCAACGAAGCGCUGGCGAAGACCGUCGAAGGCGGAGAACGAGAGUAUAUGCGUCUCUGCACAUGGCUUCUAUCCUCGCCACUGCCGUCUGAGCUGGUUCUGCCCGCGUCUCUGUCAUCGUACAUUCUGAAGCUGGUCGAGCAGAUGAGUCGCGAUCCGUGCAUGGAGACGAUUCUCCCAGUAUACCAGCUAUUUCAUGGCUUGAAGACGUCACCCUCUACCCUGCGUUCGCUUUCCUCGCAGACCAUGUCAACCAUCCAGGUCGAGUUCACCAAGACGCUGCGCAAUAUCGAUGACCACAUGGGAAAUCUGCUCUGUCUAGCUACCUUCUCGCACAUUGUGUCUGCUACGCUUCGGGCACCGGUCAAUAAAGAACACGGAUCAAUAGCGGCUUCUCCGCUUUGUUCUCACUGGUUACAGCAGCUUAGGCAUUUCUUCGGGCCGAAACGUGCGCUGAAAACGCUAGACCUAGUGGUAUUGCGGGUUAUUCUUGCCUGCUCUGCUAGCUGUAACGGUCUGACCACCAGCCAGGCGGCGGAGAGCAUCCGCCUGGCCAUUGAGAUCUGUGACGCCGUUGAGCCCGAGCAGAAGGCGGCGUGGGUCACUGGGAACGGGCUCAAGAUCGCCAAAUUAUGUGCGAAGGUGACACGGGACGAUAUCAACCCUGAGAUUCAGAUGAUGGGCUUGGUCUUUACCGUAUUUCUUCUCCCACCAUGUUCAACACCGCAAGGGAUCAGCCGUCUGGCCCAGCAGAUACUUGUCCAAAAGGAUUGCAGGACAGUGUUGGAGACAAUCCCCCAAGCCUACAUUUCACGUCUGGUGGAAGCAGCCACAAUCGCUUCUGGAGAGUCUGCCAUAUGCACAUUCCUGGACUACGUUUUUUCUGCGCUGAAAAAUCAACACAGCGUGCAAUACACCAGCUUGGCCACUCUUCAGGUUGCCAAUUGUCUAGUAAAUAGUCUCAAGGGCCUCGGGACUAGAAUUCUAGCACCGACAGUCAUUCAUUUGGUCUCCUCCCUGGGAAGAGUAAUUCUGAGUGAAGCGCUGAGGGAUUUCCCUAGAAAGCCAGGUCACAGGCAAUGUACUAGUUUCUCUAUCUGCGAGGCUGCCUUGAUAAGCUUCCAAAAUCAACUCUUGAUCGAUGCCUUUGAUUUCUACUGUUCAGUCGGUAUUUUUGCCCGAAGCACAGACAGCAUCAAAGAAACUAUGUUUGAACCAUCAUGCUCUUUCUCCAAGAUGAAAGCGGUCGAUCACCGCCAUGGAUUUUCCCUGAAAAAUCUCCAGAAUAGUUUGCCGGACGUUGGUUAUCCCAGACGUGACUGGAGAAAUACAAUUGCCGAGAGCCUGAUGGAGAACGCCCGCAUCUCCCAUGAACGUCUCUUGAAGAACGUGGAAGACGCCUGUCGAGACUUGGAGAAUCGAUGUUUCGACAAUGAGGGACCGCUCAGAGAAGUAGAACAACAGCGAGAGAAGCUUGUCUCAGAAAAAGAAGAACUCCGUGUACAGAGGGGGGAAUUGGAAAUCCAAUUGCAGCAAGCGCUUUGUACGAUUUCUUCCCUGCAGAAAGAGGUGGCGACGUUUGAGAAGCGUGCCGAAAGCGCAUCCAACCGGGUUGAAGAAUUGACGGCAAGCCUCACUGCAGCGCAGCGGGAAUUAGAAGAACAGCGUCGCGAUUCUCAGGAGAGUGCACAUCUUGCAGAAGAGAAAUCCCGGUCUAGAGAAUUAGACCUUAUUGCAACCGUGACCGAGAAGGAAGAUCAACUGGACGGGCUCCAGGAAUAUCUUCGGGAACAGAGGGCCGCGAAUGAGGAUAUUCAGAUUAGUCUCGAUGCGGUGAUGAAAGAGAAGGACGCCAUCCUGGAUGAUUCUGCCGCUUUGCGACGGGAGAUGAAGCAGAUGAAAACCAACCUUGACGGAUGCGAGCUUCUGUCAAGACAGAAAGUACAAGAGAUUCAAGAAUUAUCAGCAGGAAAUGAUCGUCUGGCCUUGGAGAUUGUUGAAUGGAAGAAACAGCUUGACAACAAAGCCUCAGAGUCGGAUAGACUCAGAGCCAGCCUUCGGGCCCUGGAAGAGAAUUUCAAUACAGAAAUGGAUGCACUCAAACAGCGUCAUAAGCAGGAAGUGUCUGAGGUCACUAUAGAGGCAACGAAAUACAAGGACGAAGGCCUAGUGUUGAGAGAAGCCAUGCAGAUGGCCGCAUCAAGCGCUAAUCAGGAGUUACAAACGAAGGAUAGGCGAAUCAGCCAUCUCGAGCAGAAGGUACAAUCCAUGCGCAAUGAGAGAGCAGCCAAGGCGCGCGAAUUCUCCGAGGCGCAGCAGCACAUCGGCCGUUUGAUGACCGUCAUGGGCUUCAAGGGGACGGCCGAAGAGCGCCAGCCCGUCAAGACCAACACUAACAGCAACAAACACCAUCGGUCCAAAUCUCAACAUGCAGCCGCUCCACAGGCGGAAAGCUUCCAAAUCCUACCGGACGAAAUGCAAAGCCAAAACCACGAUAUGCUCGGCGUAUCUUUCGGGUCCGUCGCAUCGGAUGCCAGCGGGCCCAGCCCAAAACGGUCCAGGAACGUUCACAUCACCCACUCAACAAGAUCAGAAGGAUCGUAUCGGCGGUCCCCGCGGGCUUCUCAUGAGCAGGUGCCAUUUCAGUCUUCUUCUCGAUCUGCUUCGUCUCAGCAGCGCAAGGACCGUCUACCUCUAGGAGACGCCAACUCGAACAGCCCUCACACGUCACAGGAGAGCACUCACAACGCUUCAAAACAUGCUAGCCAGGGGAGAGACGAGGCCUUGCCAGAUGGCCAGGCUUAUCUUGGUCCACACGACGUUUGUCUCCAGGAUUUUGAGUUGGAUCUGGAUCUGGACCUGUCGCGGGACUCUCUGUUCUAGUUGAUCAACAUACCCCCAUCUGUAUAUAGACGUGAAGUCAAGGGUUACAUAGUAGCUUAUAUCAUUUAUAAGGAGACACUUAUUAUCUUAGCCAGCAUAAUAAUACUCUUGAGACUUAAUAAAUAAAAGCC